AUGUCCAACACCGCGACUGCAUUGACGUCUACAGAGACGUACUCGUUACUUUCCCUCUCGUUGGCCUGCAUUGGAGUGCUCUCUCAGACUUUUGUGGGAGGGGACGGCGAGCCCGUGGUCGCUUCCAUAGCGUUCAGCGGUCUGGCUUUUGCCAGCUGCUAUGCACUUAUACGAUGGCUCGGGAACGCCUUCAUACGCCGGGGGUUCAAGGGCAAGGAUCUCUGCAAGCUCAAGCAGACCGAGAUACCCGAGACCAUGGGAGCUGUAUGCGCCAUGGUCUAUCUCUUCACCAUCAUCGCAUUCAUCCCUUGGCCCUUUUACAAGGACAUUGUCAUUGCAACCUCGGGCGGCGGGAAUCGCGAUGUCAUGCAAGACAUAGGCGAGUUGGAGACGGGGAGACUGCUGCAUAAAUUCCCUCACAACAAGCUUGCAUCCUAUCUUUCGGCCAUCCUGUCCCUCCAGAGCAUCGUCCUGUUGGGUAUUGGCGAUGAUCUAUUCGAUAUCCGGUGGCGGCACAAGGUGCUCAUCCCCGCCGUUGCUGCGAUUCCCAUGCUUAUCGUCUACUUUGUUGAUUUCGGAGUGACCAAGAUGGUGGUGCCGAUACCGCUCCGGCCGUAUCUAGGAGAGCUGUUUGACCUGGGCUGGCUGUACUACGUCUAUAUGGCGAUGCUGUCCAUCUUCUCGUCCAAUAGCAUCAACAUUCUCGCGGGCAUCAAUGGGAUCGAGGUGGCUCAAUCGUUGGUGAUUGCGGUGCUGAUAGUGUUCAAUGACGUGCUGUACCUGUCGCCUUUUGCGCCGUACCCUCACCCGGCCACGGACUCGCAUCUCUUCUCUCUCUAUCUCUUGCUGCCAUUCAUUGGGGUCUCGCUGGCCCUGCUCAAGCACAACUGGUACCCGGCCAAGGUGUUUGUGGGGGACACGUACUGCUAUUUUGCAGGUAUGGUGUUUGCCGUGGACGGCAUCCUGGGGCAUUUUAGCAAGACGUUGAUGUUGCUGCUGAUACCGCAGGCAUUCAACUUUGUCUACUCGGCGCCGCAGCUCUUCCACCUGGUGCCGUGCCCCCGACAUCGGCUGCCGCGGUUCAACGUGCGUACAGGGCUAAUGGAGUGCUCGCGCGUAGAGUUCAAGAAACCACUCAGACGACCGAUAGCGGAGAGUCUCAAGAUGCUGCACCGGCUUCGGCUGCUGGACGUGCAAGUGGAUGGGGAAGGGCAGGUGAUUUCGUCGUCCAACUUUACCAUUAUUAAUCUGUGGCUGGUGUGGUUUGGUCCCAUGCGGGAGGACCGCCUUGCAUUAGGGUUAUUGGCAUUCCAGACGGCAGUCGGGAUGGUAGGGCUGCUGAUACGGCAUCGCAUGGCGCUACUGGUGUUUUCGGUGGACAACUGGUGA